GUUUAAUUUUUGUGUUGGUUGGUUGUUUAAAUCGGGUUUGUUUGGGAAAGCUAGAAGGGAGUGUAUUUGACGUCAGCUGGUCCUGUGAUGUAAUAAACGAAACAGCUGUGCUGUCAAGUAAAAUGUUGCAAUGACAGUUUAUUUGCGUCUUAGUGAUGUCUGUUCGAAUGUUUGAGAUCGGGUCGAGUUAUCGUUAAUCCGGGGGAAAGGAAACCGAGCGGGGAACUUAGAAGGCGAAGGUGAGCGAGAGAGAAAUAGAAAAAAAAAUCUCAUCCGCCUUCGAAGAGCGAUCGGAAAAAUAGCGAUGGCUUUUCUCCGCUUUGUUUACUCGGGGCGAUUCGCCUGACACGGCUCUCGUUUGUUCGUCCCCGAUCGACCAAGGUCGUCCCGUUUCUCUUUCGCCCUUUCAAAAGGGAUCGGGACGUUUUCCAGGUGUUCGCCGAUCGAAAUCCCUAGUUCCGAGUCUCAGACGGGACUUUUUCGGUUUCCGCAUCGGAGAAAAUGUCCGCCGAUUCGACGAGGAAGCAGGCGUUCAACGGGCAGACCGUCCUCCCGCAGCCCGUCAGCGAUCCUUCCAUCAUCGAGAGCGUCGCAGGUUUCAUCCAGGAAGUCGUGCCCCAGGCCUACUCCAGUGUGCUCCCAGGAGAAUCGCGUGAGGCAAUAUCGUGGGCCAGAUUUGAAUCAUGCGACUUCAACGAUCCAGAAAACUACCCACAGGUGACUGAAUGUGAGAGCGAGAGUGUCCCACCACUUCUUUUAGUCCUUGGCUAUGGGACUGGAGUGCAGAUAUGGAGCAUAACUGGCAGUGGAGACGCAUCUGAAGUCCUUUCCUGGUCUCAAGGCAGCGUGAGGACAUUACGACUUCUUAACAAGCCUAGAGAUGAUCAAGACCCAUUUGCGAGCAAGAGGCCCCUAGUUGCGAUCGUUGACAGCUCUGGUCCAGGACCACAGUUUUGCACAGUCAAUUUUGUUUCAUUGAAAACAGCAGAAAUAAUCAAAAGUAUUAAGUUCAAAACACCCAUUUGUGACAUUUUCUGCAAUAAAAAAAGCAUAGUUAUUACGUUUGUGGAGAAGAUUGCCAUAUUUGAUGUCGGGACAUUUGAGGAUCGUAUGACAAUAACGACAUGUUACCCAAGCCCUGGCAUCCAUUCCAACCCUGUCGCUCUUGGCCAUAGAUGGCUGGCAUAUGCUGAAAAACGUUUGACCACUUGGCAAAGGAGUUCCGGGGGCAGCGAAGGAGAUGGAGCACAGUCGUACACAGCCACUGCCAUACAUGCAGUCAAGACCUUAGGUAAAGGUUUAAGGGAUCUCAGUGGUAGUCUGAGUGGUAAUGUUCCUCCGCCAGUUAACAAUAAUACCGCCCAGCCUGGAGUUGUCACUAUUGUCGACAUCGAGACAAAACCGACAAAAGAGGACGAUGUUGACAACAUAAUUGCACAUUUUGUCGCACAUGUUGGCCCGAUUGUGGCAAUGAAAUUCGAUUCUUCUGGCCUCCUCUUAAUCACAGCAGACAAACAUGGCCAUAGAUUUCAUGUUUUCAGGAUACACCCUCAUCCCGUCUCGUCCCAGCUAGCUGCUGUUCAUCAUCUUUACAUCCUACACAGGGGUGAUACAACUGCAAAAGUACAAGAUAUAACUGUUUCUUGGGAUUCAAGAUGGGUAGCAGUAAGUUCUAUUAGAGGAACAACGCACGUCUUCCCAAUAACACCAUAUGGUGGCCCAGUCACUGUUAGAACACACACAACUCCAAAUGUAGUUAAUAGGUUGUCAAGGUUUGAGCGAAGUGCUGGAUUGAGCGAUGGCCGGGGAAGCCCGUUACCUGAAGUGCCGAGUCAACCGUUAAAUCCUCGCCUUCCACCAUACCCACACCCAACAGUGCUCUCAGCACUUGCACAACUUAGAAGGACGCCUGCUGGUGAAGAGUCUCCCCUAGCGGCAACUUUUGGAGCUGCCCGAGCCUGGAUACCUGGCCGGCCAAAAGGGAAAAAACCUGUUGCAGAAUCUCUCUUUGUCAUUUCUUCCGGUGGUACUUUAAUACAGUACAAUUUAGAUCCAAAAUGCAUACCAGGCGUGCCCAAAGAUAAAAUCAGUUAUGAUACAAGUAUAGAAUUAGAAGUUGAAGCAAAUGCAGAGUGGGCCUUACUUAAACCCCCUUAUAGCAGCAACGUUCAGCCUCCUCUCAUGCCAAAUAACCCACUUUUGGUUAAUAAGUUACCACCCAAAAUUGAAAAUAUGUCUUCAAAUGAUGAUCGUUGGCUGUCUCAGGUUGAGAUUGUUACCCAUACCGGUCCGCAUCGUAGGCUCUGGAUGGGUCCUCAGUUUUCAUUCAAAUCAAUAGACCCUCUUCAAAGUGAUGGAGACGUGUACAGCGAAAACCUCAAUCCCGUUAGGUCAACGCCUGUCAACAUGCCGUUAAGACCGUAUCUUCUAAUAGAAGGUGGCUCAGGAGGAAGUAUCGACUCGCCUCAUUUAACAGGGUACGGAAGUGGAAGCGAAGAAUUGGGACACGGUGAGUCCAGGCUUCGGGAAGAUCUAGCUGAUGCAAUGAUGGAACCGACAACCCAUAAUACAGGUGUUGUGGGGGGUGUGCAGUUGAAGGCAGCCAUUUUGGAGCGACAAGUCAAUCCCCUGGGUACUGUCAUUACAUUGCCUUCGAAUGAGCAACUACUCCAUCACCAGCAGCAACACCAACAUCACUACCACUCUCAACCAGCAUUGCCCGCACAUCCCGUCCAGCCUGGACCUUCAACUUCAAGAACACACCAAAAGGUAGAUAAAGAAGAGCUUCGUGUAAGCAAACAUUCUAACAUCAGUGUGGAUCGUGUUUGUAUUAAUCAGAAUAAUGCUAAAAAUCAAAGUGAUUCGUUGUCUGAAACUACUAGGGGUUCUGGAAGUGUUGAGCAGUCCACGCUCUUUAGUGAAGGUAAUAAAAUGGUAACAGACCUGACAAAACAGGAUGACACAGAAGGAGAUUCCCCUUUGCAAGUGAAAACCCAAAAAAGUGAAGGUAAGGGGAAAGGAAAAUCUAAAAGAAAAAUUAGAAGUCCUAAACUAAGCCCUGAAAAUGAAGAGAUUAGCAAGCCUGUGAAAGAUAAUAAUUUUAAUUCAAAACAUCAAAUUACAAAGGAUACCCCAUUAUGUGUAACAGAUGAAUAUUCUGACCCUAAAAAUGUUGAUUAUGGAAAAAAUGAUGAAACCAAAAAUCCAGAGGAAUCUGAUGAAAAUCUAGCGAUUUAUAAUCAAGAUGAAGUAAGUGAUAAUGAUCAGAGUAAUAAAGAAGAAAAAAACAUUGCCAGUUUAGAAUUAAAGAAUGAUUCAAAUACAACUGACAUAUUAACGUACGACACUCAUGAUGAUCACGGAGAUUCAGAAUCUACCAGUGAUCCUACAACUGCAAUAGAUAUUAGUGAAACAGAUACGAAAAGUGAGAUGCUUGUUUUGCGCACAAGUUCACCUCCAAAGUCCACUCCGUUUAACCAAGACUCAAAGCCAGAGGACAGGGAACGCACAACAGAUGAACAAACCAUAGAAGUUGACAGUGUAAAUCAGGAUUCACAGGUUAAAAACAAAAUUAUUAAAACAGAAGAACUAAUUCAAGAAGAAAAUGUUUUAGCUUCAGUAGACGUUUUGUCUGAUAAUGAAAACGACUCUGAGGUUAGUGAAGAAGUUGAUUCAGACAGUGAGGAAAUUGAAUCGGAAGAAGCUGUUCCAGAUCCAUCAGAUGUAAGAAGUAGCAAAAUAAAGGAAAUUGUGGCGUGUACAAGCUCUUCAGAAAUCCCAGUGGAGCAAAGAAGAGAUAAGUUAAGGAUGAUCGUGGAUGAUACUCUCAAUCAGGCUAUACCUAUUGCUUCAGGAUCUGGUGAUGAUGGUGAAACCUCCGUAAGCCAGAAAAUCCAUCCUCACAGUGAUUCUGAAAGUGUAGUACGGAAAAAGUCAGAAAAGGUUCAGCUCCAAAGUUUCCCUUCCAAAUCAUUAAAAACUGAUAUGUCUUCUCGAGGAAUAAAUCUUUACUGUAGUGCUGAAAGUGUUGAAUCUAAGAAACAGAAAAAAACAUGGAAAGGGAAAUCAUUUGCAGAUGAGAAGAGCAAAACUACAUCUAAAUACCCAGAAGAGAUUGUCAGAACAGGGUUUUCAGGUCAAGAAAGUAAAUUUCUUGGUGAUUCAAAGAGUUUUGAAUUGGAAAACCCACAGAAAGAGAAAUCCCAAAAGUUGAGGUCCAAGGAAGGAAUGCUAAGUAUGAAAAACCAAGACCAGGAAAUUCUUUAUCCUGAUGCUGAAAAUGUUGAGUCAAGGAUUUCAAGAAUGGAACAAUCUAAAAAGUCGAGGUCAAAAAAAGAAGUUGCCGCUUCUGAUCAGGGUAUCUACCUACUUCAUGGUACGGAAAAAAUCCCGGUGAAGAAAACCAAACAGGAGCAUUCACAAAAUGUGAAAUGGUCCGAAUUGGUUGCAUCAGCCUCAGCUUCUGAAGAAAAAACUCCGAAAAUAGAUAUCUCCUCUGGUCAAGAAAUUUGUGAGCCGUGUGUAGUGGAGAGCAGUCAAUCAAAAAAACAAAAAAGGAAAUUGUUACAAAAGGAGAAAUCUUCAGUUGUUGACUCGACUGUGGAAAAUAAAAGUCGCUCUGGUAGCGAAGAAGAAAUAAUUGCAAGUGAUUCUUGUAGUCAAGUAGCUCAUGGGAAUGUUUCAAGAAAACCAAAACAUUCUGAAAAUGUGAAACUGGCUCCAUUUGAUGAGUGCUCCCAGAAAACUGAUGAUUCUCAUCAGGCCAAUGUCGAGCCUGAAAAUGUUGAAAUCAAAAUGCCAAAAACGAAACAAUCCCAAAAGGUGAAAUUGUCUGAAUUUGUUGAGCUGGAGCCAGGCUAUGAAGAGGAAACUGCCCUAAUGCAUUCUUCUGCUCAACUCGAAAGCCAUCAUUCUGACUCAGAAAGUGUUGAACGGCAACACAAACAUGACCAAUCCCAAAAGAAGAAAUCAGUGGAUGAAAAGGAAAGUUCGUCUUUCUCUGACAAUGAGAAAGAAAUUAUUUCAACUGGUCAGGAAAUACAACCGUGCCAUGAUCCCAAGUGUGUUGUAGAAGUUAGAAAAUCCAAGAAGGAUCGACUCCAAAAAUUGAAAUCCACAGAAGUUGCGUUGGAUGUAAUCGAACGUGAAAAGAAAACAGGUACACUUGAUGUUUCCUCUGUCCAAGAAAUUCACAAUGAUCCAGGAAGUGAAGGCUUUCAAAAUUCAAAAAAAGAACAUUACCGAAUGUUGAAAUCUGAAGAUUCAGUGUUGGAUUUGAAAAAGUCCAGUUCUGACCACACAAUCGAAAAACUGGCUACAGAUACACCUGAUCAGGAAGCACAGCCGCACACUGCUUCUAAAAACGUUGAAUUAAAACAAUCAAAGAAGGAGCAAUCUGAAAAGCUGGGAAUGUCUGAAGUUGACAAAGCCGAGAUAGCAAACGCAGAGGAUGAGAAAGAAACAUUCAUUACAGAAACUCCUACGGGUCAAGAAUUUCAUCUCCACUGUGAUCCAGAAAAUUCAGAACAGAAAAAAUCCAAAAGGGAGCGGGCCCGAAAGUUAAGAACUGUUGAGUCAGAGGCAAGUAAUAAAUCUCCUUCUCCGGUAAAAAGUGAUCACAAACCAGAUACAGAUUCAAGUGAUGAAGCAUUGGGUAAAGUGACAGAAAGUAAAACUAGUUCAUCAAAACAGCCGAAGCGUAAACGCGGAAAGAAACCAGAUGAACAUACCCCUGAGCAUCUGGUGGUUGAUGUAGAAAGGGAACAAGUAAAAUUAAAGGCUAAAAGUAAGUCUGAAGGAACUCUGGAUAUUGAAAAAUCAGAUUAUGAGACGUGCUCUGAGAAAAAGUCUGAUAGCUCUGUAGAAUCAUUUCCUGAUCUCAAGAAAAAAGUUAGUGAUUCCAAUGGAAAUUUUCAAGAAGUUAAAUUGUGGAGUAGCAUCGUUAAAAAGACAAAAGAACCGCUUAAACCCUCCAACAGUGCCGAGGAUAGAGAUUCGGUUUAUGAAUCAUGUAAUGAUGAGGAAUUCCCGGUAGUAGAACCACCUGUGCCUUCUGAUGGUACUACUUCCGAAUCGAGCAAAAAUGAAGAUAUAGCACAAGAUAGUCUAAAAGCCGAGUCUUCUCCUAGUACCACUGAUAAAACUGAUUCAGGUGAAUUAGAAGGUACCGCCAACUCCCAGAAUACUAAAAAGGUGCGCAAACAAAAGAAAAAAAGGAGAUGAUGUAAUGUCAGUUUCUUUAAAAUUUUCAAAAAUAUAAAAAAAAUUAAAAAACAUUUACGUUCAGUGGUAAAAAAUAAGAAAAAAAAAUCCUUAAGCAUGGUGUGUGGUUUAACUGUUAUUACGUAGGUUUUCUUUGUUUUAACGAUAUUUCUUUCUCUUCACAAAUUAUUCUUGAAAAUUCAUUCAUGCACUGUUUAGUUUGUAUUCAAAGAUGAGCUAUAUUUUUUAAACUAUGGUUUUAAUUUGUAGACUAAGUAAGUCAUGAUAUUUUAUGUGCUAUUUGUUGUAGUUCAUGUUAUUGGGUUGUCAGGAAAAUAAUGCAGGAUUUUGGUAUUAAACAAAAAAAAAGAAACUAGUUACUUUAAAGCAAUGUUCUUUAAUCAAA